GGAAAAAUAAAAAGCACACGAUGAAAAUAGCCUAAGAAAAAUGUCAUUGAAAUAUAUAUGUUUGAUUAUUUGUUUUAGAUCAUAUGAUAUGAUAUAAUAUGAUAUGAUAUGUGCCAUACAGAGAUUUUGCGUUGCUAAGAGCUAAACUGCCUCAAAAUAGAGGGGAAGACUCAGCACCACGGACAGCUCCUCUCUCUCUCUCUCUCUUGCUCUUUCUCAUUCUCUCUCUCUCUCCCUCUCUCUCUCUCUCCCUCCCUCUCCCUCUAACUGUCUCUUCCGGGCGCUCACUCGGCAGCUGGCUGUGAUACAGCUCCUCCUCCCUCCUGUGUGGUGGCUUUUUCCCGACCAAAGAUCCUUUGGACGUGAACAGUUUCGCUGAAGAGCACUUUUUCUUUCCCCCCUAAAAACAAGCAGACGGACGACCGAGGAGGCGUCAGUGUAUUCUCCAUCGACCUGAGAGAAGGGACUUCAGGUCUCCAACGGUCCUUCACCCACCCUAACCCCCCCAGAUCUCUGUCAGCGAUGGAGACUUGGGCUGGCUCCUGCCCAGGCUUGCACUUCUUCUCUUUGGGUCUCUGGCUGAUGCUGAUAGCCGCUCAGACCCUCCAACACGCCGAGGCGGAGAUCUCUUGCGCAUGUUGCACGUCGCCGGUUCAACUUCACCUGGAGGAGGAAUUACAGCUGGGGAUGCGCACCGACCCGACGGAGGACCAGGACACCCGAAAACACAUCCGAGUGGAGUUUAGGGAACUCGGGGUCGCAGAGGAAAACGCCGGAGUGGACGAGGACCGCCGUGAGACAGUAGACGGUUAUUCUGUCCAGGAUGUCCCUCAGCAUGUCAGUUUGGAUGGAGUUAGCGCAAAGGAAGAUGCGUCAGGGUCCAGUGAAGAAAGUCACCGCGGCAGCAGCGAGAAGGCAGGAGGCGAGCAGCCCGAGAAGAAGAGUGAGGAUGCUGGGCUCCGGAGAGAGAAGAGAAGCGGUCCGGAGUUCGGGCGGACCGGCAGGACCGGAGUGGAUGCGGGGGGCGCCCCGGUGGAGGAGGACCGGGGCUCGUUGUUUGACGGACACAAGCAGGGCAGGUCCUCGUUCAGAUGGAACCGGGACGAAGGGAGAGGGAAUAACCGACAGGAUGAGCCCAAACUCACCAGCACCACCUUCUCUCUGACGGGGGACUCUGCGCACAACCACGCGGUGGUCUACUGGUCAGGACACAACAGCAGCGUGAUCCUGAUUCUAACCAAGCUCUACGACUUCCAUAUUGGCAGCGUCACUGAGAGCACUCUUUGGAGAUCUACCGACUACGGCUCCACGUACGAGAGAAUGAACGACAAAGUCGGAUUCAAGACUGUCCUGAGUUACCUGUACGUCUGUCCAACGAACAAGAGAAAGAUUAUGGUGUUGACGGAUCCGGAGUUUGAAAGCAGCGUGCUCAUCAGCUCUGAUGAGGGAGCCAGUUACCAGAAGUACCGACUCACUUUCUACGUCCUGAGCCUUUUGUUCCACCCCACCGAGGAGGACUGGGCCUUGGCCUACAGUCACGACCAGAAGUUGUACAGCUCGGUGGACUUUGGAAGAAAAUGGCAGCUCAUCCACGAACACGUCACGCCGAACAGAUUCUACUGGUCUGUCUCCGGCCUCGACAAGGAGCCGGAUCUGGUCCACAUGGAGGCUCAUACACCGGAUGGAAACGUGCAGUAUGUCACAUGCAGAGCUCCGGUGUGCACAGAAGCUAACAGGAACUACCCAUUCCCUGGAUACAUCGACAUCAGCUCUUUGGUGGUGCAAGAUGACUACAUAUUCAUACAGGUUCCCACAUCAGGGCGAGCCACCUAUUACGUGUCCUACAAGAGAGACUCAUUUAUACAAAUCAAACUACCCAAAUAUUCCCUGCCUAAGGAUUUACACAUCGUCAGCACUGAUGAGAAGCAGGUAUUUGCGGCGGUGCAGGAGUGGAACCAGAACGACACCUAUAACCUCUACUUGUCCGACACCAGAGGGAUCUACUUCACCUUGGCCAUGGAAAAUGUCAAGACCACUAGAGGCAUCGGAGGGAACCAGAUGCUGGAUCUGUACGAGGUGGCUGGAAUCAAAGGCAUGUUGAUUGCUAACAAGAGGCAAGACAACCAGGUCAAGACCUACAUGACCUACAAUAAAGGCCGGGAGUGGAGGCUCCUGCAGGCACCUGCUGCUGACCUGGAUGGAAACGACAUUCACUGCAUACUGCCUUUCUGCUCACUCCAUCUCCAACUGCAGACAUCAGAGAACCCUUACUUGUCAGGAACAAUCUCCACCAAGAGCUCUGCACCAGGGAUCAUCGUUGCCACGGGGAACAUUGGAGCAGAGCUGUCUUACAACAACGUCGGCAUGUUCAUAUCAUCUGACGCGGGCAAUAGCUGGAGACAGAUUUUUGAAGAGGAGCACAAUGUGUGGUUUCUGGACAGAGGAGGGGCCCUCGUCGCUGUCAAACAGCCGUCUGUGCCAACCAGGCACUUGUGGGUCAGCUUUGACGAGGGGAGGCAGUGGACCCAACACAGCUUCUCCCUGGUGCCUCUGUUCGUGGAUGGAGUCUUGGUGGAGGCUGGGGCUGAGAACCAAAUCAUGACCUUUUUCGGACACUUCAGCCACCGUUCUGAAUGGCAGCUCAUCAAGAUAGACUACAAGUCCAUCUUUAGCAGGAAGUGCACAGAGGAAGACUAUCAAACCUGGCACCUGCACAACCAGGGUGAGCCAUGUGUGAUGGGACAAAAACAGAUUUACAUGAAGCGCAGACCUGGAAACUACUGCAUGCUGGGAAAGGACUACUCCAAAAUCCUCUCAGCCGAGUCCUGUAUUUGUCGAGCUCAUGAUUUCGAAUGUGAUUAUGGAUACGAGCGGCGUGGCGAUGGGAAUUGCCGGCCUUCCUUCUGGUUCAACCCCUCCACUGUCUCCAGAAGCUGCAGCCAGGGACAAAACUACCUCAACAGCACAGGGUACCGUAAAGUGGUGCUGAACAACUGCACUAAAGGAGUUAAAGAAAUGUACACGGCCAGAAAGCAGCAGUGCCCCAACAGACCUCCUAAAGGACUCUUGCUGACCACCAAAGACGGCAAACUCACCGCCAACCUGGGCAGCAACGUGACCUUCCUGGUUCAUCUGGAUGAGGGCGACUCUAUGCGCACCAACAUCCAGCUGGAUUUCGGCGACGGCACAGCCGUGUCCUACUCCAACCUGAGCUGGACCGAGGAGGGGAUCAAACACGUCUACAAGUCUGCUGGAAUAUUCCGUGUCACGGCGCUGGCAGAGAACACGCUGGGUUAUGACACCACAACACUCUUCCUGCAUGUCAUAUGUCCUGUGGAGCAUGUCCAGCUUCUCGCUCCCUUCGUGGUCAUAAAGAACAAGGAGGUGAACAUCACAGCGGUGGUCUUACCCAGCCACUCGCGUACUGUUACUUACUUCUGGUGGCUAGGCAACAAUACUGAGCCCAUGGUAACGUUGGACGGGAGCAUCUCACACACCUUCCCCAACGACGGAAUGCACACCAUCACGGUCCAAGUGGCUGCAGCCAGCAACAUACUGCAGGAUACCAAGACCAUAGCUGUCAAAGAAUUCUUCAAAUCUCUACUUUUAUCUUUCUCCCCUAAUCUGGACGAGUUCAACCCCGACAUACCCGAGUGGAGACAGGAUGUGGGGAGAGUAAUUAAGAAGGCUCUGCUCCAAGUGUCUGACUUCCCGGAGGAGCAGCUCUUGGUAGCCGUGUUCCCAGGAGUUCCAACAGCUGCCGAGCUCUUUCUGUUACCUCACAAGAACCAAUCAGAGGGCAAGAAAAAGAGUGAGGAGGAGCUAGAGCAGGUAUCGGAUAUCAUCGUAAGCGCGCUGAAUCAAAAUUUGGUGGAGUUUGAGCUCAAGCCUGGUGUAAGGGUGAUUGUGUAUAACACACAGUUAACACUGGCACCCUUGGUGGACUCCAACCCCAGACACAGCAGCUCAGCUAUGCUGAUGCUGCUAUCAGUGGUGUUCCUGGGCCUAGCAGUGUUCCUCAUCUACAAAUUCAAGAGAAAAAUACCUUGGAUCAACAUAUACGCCGAGGUGAACCAGGAGAAAGAGCAGGAGAUGAUUGGCUCGGUGGGCCAGGGUGACAGCACGCCUAAAAUCACUCUGAGUGAGUUCCCCACAUCCAAAGAACUCAUGGAGAAGGAACUGGAUGCCAGGGUCAAAAGGGGAGUUGGAAAUGCCUGCGAGAGCACAAGGGAGAUUCCAAACUGUACCAGCGUGUAAAGCCGGAGAGCAACCAUUUAUGUACAGAGCGAAGUAUUAAAGUGUUCGGGGGUUCUCUUUUUUCUGUUUUGUAAUUCUCAACACAGCUGAUGUUAAUAGUUUUUCUAAGGGACCUCAUUUAUACAGACUUGCACGGAUGCCUCAUUCAACAACAUCCAUGCAGCAAAUGUCAAUUUACUCAAUGAGAUCAUUGUAAUUACUAGCGAAAAACGUAAUCAGUUUUGUGGAUGUAUAAGCUACAUAACGAUAUUCAUUUACAGAGUGAAAUAUCUUUCGUCAAAAACCUAUGAAGAGUUCUGUAAAUUUCCUGAGGAGUUUUGCUUUGAAAAAUCAUUUCUGCCUAUAUAUAGACUAUAAUGUCUGAGUCUUCAAUCAAACAGGGAAUAUUACUGAAAAUGUACAAUAUUAUCAUCUGUUCUGUUCAAUGUAUAUAUUAUUACUUUCUACAUGCUUGUAGUCUGAGUACCAUGGUGACGACAGAGGGAUAUGACAAUGGUCUGUUUUUUUCGAAGUGUGUUAAAAAGUCAAACAUUACUUAAAGAAAUCAACUUUGUUUUGCUAAGGUCCUUGACUUGUGCAUGUUCUUAUUGAGGACACAAUUUCUGUGUUGUAGAUAAGCAAGUGUUGUAAAUAGUUAUUUUCUAAUCAUUCAUCAAAAAGAGCCCAAUUGAUUUUUGCUCAAACUUCUGUUUUUUUGCUCUCGUUUUCCUUCAGUUUCUGUUGGGCGUUAUGUAUCUAGUAGAAAAGGGUUUAUAUGUUAAUGCAGGUAUAGAACUGUAUUGGCAAUUUACAGAUUUAUAUUCCCACCAUUUCCCUGGGAAUGAAAUGAUUAGGAUCAACAUGAACAUGAUCAUUAUAUUUAUAUUUUAAUUAGACAUAGAUGUUCAGACAUUUUUACACAGAUGACACAGUUUUUAAACUAUCUGAACCAAACAUCAUUUGCCAUUGGCUUCGAUCGUUCUGAUUUGGCCUCAGAACAAAAGCUGAAUCCGUUAUUAUGAAUAGGAAUCUAUUGUGGCUACCAGUGAUCAAAUUCACAAUAUUCACAUGUUGGGAGAACCAUGAUGACAUUCAUUCCAAAAAUAUUACAUGUGGUAUUAUAUUAUGAUAUUAUAUAUCCUCUAAAAUACCAGUAGGAAGAGAGUUGGGUUCUGAUAGCUGGUUCCAUUUUGGAUUCAGUACCUGUUAUAUACAAAUACCAAUCUGAAUACCAAGAUGAAUCUUUAAGUUUUAGUUAUUCAGGAAUGCAGGAUUCUUGCACAUGUUUAAGGCUAUUGAAACCCAUCUCGAAGAAAGCCUAUAGAAUAUAGAUAUUUUAACAUAUAACAUUGCUUAUGUUAUAUUGAAUAUAGAAUAUAUAUAUAUAUAUAAAAAAAUAUCUCAUUACUAUUUUGUUCAUAACAGUAACUUGGAAUGAACCCCUCAGUGCAGUGUUUCUCGCUUGGUCCUUUGCUCAGGGUAUAAGGGUGUUUGCUCCAUGCAGCUUGAAGAGUGUUUUAUAUUUGACGGCUAAAAUAGUCGCACAAACAUUUCCAUUCAUUUGAGAAAAAAAAAAGACUGGAACGAUUUGUAUUCAUUUAAACAUGACUGGGGCGAAUUCACAAAGAAUGGAUUGUGGUCAAUGACAGCACCAUGAAUUGGGCGUCAUUUUGCAACCACCAUCUGCUCCGUCUCAAGGUCCAAUUCACAAAAAUAUUUUGCUGAUGAUAUUACAGCGUAAACACAGCCAUAAAGAUUUGCAGAUGAGUGCUUUUUGCCCGUUUUUUUUGCGUCCGAUUCCAAUUAUCCAUGUGGCAAAAUGCCAGAAGCCCAUCACCCUGAGUCCAUUCGGUCUCUGGUCAGACUCGGGCUUUUAGCUUCUCUCCUUUCAUUGUGCCCAAUGUUGGGACUCACCAACCAAAAUGGCGGCAGAGCCAUUGACUCAGUUCCCCAGGAUCCUUCGGUUUUCACACAGGGGGUGUAAACACUGGACCUGGACACUAGGUCAAUAAAAAGGGACCUUCCUUUGUCCCUCACUCUCUCCUCUUCUCACCUGUAGGAGCAAUAGAGCUCAGCUCUCAGGUAUGGCCUGCUAACAGCAGACAUAGCCUACACAAGAACUUUGUCUCAGGCUGCUUGAAAGAUUCCUGGUCAGCUCAGUAUGCACUGCUGAUUGCAGAGUAAACAAGUUUAGCACCAGAGACUACAACAAAGUCUUUAGCAACUUUAAAAGCAACAGGAGAAACAAGCAACAGGAGAAACAAGCAAGUUAACACCAAGCUGCUAACUCAAAGAGAACCUCCAACCUGCAGAAACACAGCAAGGACUGCAUCUUCUCAAAACCAGAACCAGAACCCGUCCCAGCCUGGCUCCUCCACCAUCGAUGGAAUCCCCACCUAACAAAGGAAUCCCUUUUUCUUCCAUGGACUUGGUAACGUAUAACUGGGCCUACCUUAGCACAGCAUUAGCACAGUAACAGCACAUGCCUAAGCAAGACUGUUUAUCUUAUCUUCUGUCAAUGUACAUCUAUUGAUUGGAUUUAACACUAUUCAUUGAGUUUUAUGGUUGUGGUAUUGCUGUAGUCAGGAUACUUGGUUAGCUGGCUUUGCCAAAGUUAUGUUAGUUAUGUUUCAACGUAGACGCAGAGUCUCGCACGUACAAUAACCAUCUUCUCAAACACGGCGCAUUAUCCUAAACAUUACAAUUGUAUUAUAAACAAUACAUUGUGGCUGAUGUCCUGGUGGCCAUCAUUGAUUCAGCAUUUUUUUUAUGGUCAACCAUAUUGUUUUGUAGGCCAUGCAGCCUCAGUUGCCAUUUUGAACCAAGAAGCUAUUUUGUCUUUGUCUCACACACACACACUAACUUAUUAAUCAGAGUUACAAAUUGAUGGUUUAGCAUACUUUAUGAGAUUAGACUUCAUUAAUUGGCAAUCAUUUUCUCUUUGUGGUGCAAUGUAAGAGAGACGCUGUGCGAAUUUAUGCACACAGCAGCGUUACUUCAUUGAUUAUUUAAAUAUUGUUUUUUCCUCAUGUAUUUUCAAAAAUGACACAUAGGGGAGCUUAUUCAUCUAUUUUCAUGACACAACUACCAUUACAUCCCGUCAAUGCAAAGCCAUGACUGCAUCCCAAAAUAAAUUAGUUUGGGUGGACACCGCUUAUAAAUGUGUUUCAGUUACCGACAAUGCUCUGGGAUAAAUUCUGAAAAGGAUUGCCCGGCUUCUGUGGCCGCUAGACCGGUGCAAAUAAGACAGAACAAACAGUGUAUUUCUCAAAGCACCCGCAGAGGGUGAAACGCACCCCUAACUGCGCUGCCAAGCAAAUAGUGUCAGGGUGCUCCUGUACUAUUUGCACAUAUUUAAAUGAGGCCCCUUUUCUAUGCUAAUGACCCUCAUUGCAAAAAACAGUCCAAUUCACAAAGAUCAGCACUAAUAGCUACACGCAGUUACAGUGAAAUAAUUAGCGUCUUCAGAGAGUUGGUGGUAACUGAAGCGCGUUUAUAAUUGGUGUCCGCUCAAACUCAUUUAUUUUGGGAUGCAGUCGCUGCAUUGCAGUGACAGUGUGCAAUGGCAAUUGUGUCAUGACAAACAAAUGAAUUAAGCUCAAUUGAAAAUACAUGAGGAAAAAAUGCUGGGCCUCGUGGGUAAAUGUGCACAGCGUCACUCUUAACGGGGAGACACACUGAUUGUUUCUGCUGCAGUGGGAUCUCUGCAGGUAUUUAAUAGACACCUAAAUUGUCUCUUAAAAUAAGAAAAUGUGAUAUUAUAUAUAUAUUUUCCUCAUUAACGAUGUAUAAUUUCAGCCGCCUGCAUAUGCGUGCUCUGCGAGGCAGAGGCGUAUAUGAGCACAAUGAAAGGAGAGAAGUAAAAUGAGCACAAGUCAGAUCAACUCAACAUGUUGGGGCCCGUCGGGUUCCGAUGGGCUUCUGGCUCAGACUGACUGUCCCCCCCUCACAACGUACGCAUUGGCCUCAAGCACAUUUAUACUUUGCCACAUGGAUAAUGGCAAUCAGAUGCAAAAAAAAGGGCAAAUUGCACUCAGCAGCAAAACUUUAUUGGCGUAUUUGCGAUUGUAAUAUCAGUAGCGCAAUAUGUUUUGUUAAUCAUUCAAUUCAUGGUGCCAUCAGCAACCGCAAUUUCCAUUCUUUGUGAAUUGGCCCCUCAAGAUGCUAAUAAUUUCACUGUAACUGCAUGUAGCAAUUCGCUCUGAUCUUUGUGAAUUGAACUGUUUUUGUAACUAAGCUCAAAAGAAAGGGUCCGAUUUGCUCCAAAUGUCUGCAUAUUACCUAAUUUAAAUACGUGCAAAUAGCACAGGAGCUCAUAGAGAUGCUAUUAGCUUGGCACAGCAGUUAGGGUAUAUUUCACCCUUUGCGGCCGCUUUGAGAAUUACACACGUUUCUUAUUGUCUUAUUUUUGCAGGUCUAACGACCGCAAAAUUUUGCGCAAUCCUUUUGUGAAUUCGCCCCCUUCAGUGUACAAACAGAGCAGACACAAUUGAGUUGGUUCGAUGCAAUUCAUCCACUCUCCCUCGUCCCAUCAGGCUUCUUUUACAACCCAACACUUGACUCGCUCUCUAUCAGCGCUGUGUUCUCCAGGCCUACAAAAAGCUGAGUGGCCUUGGGUUGACUCCCAUCAGCCUUCUGGUAUAUACAGCAUGAGGAUAAUCAGAGGAAGCUGGACAGCUGAGAGGAUGCCCCAUGCAGAGCUUUCCCACAAUGCUCGGCUCAAGUAAACAGCACUUGCAGGAGAAGCGGGGGCAGGGGGAACACUGCACAAAGACAUAAGCUGUCAUAUCACAUAUGCAUUACCUCAAACAGAGCGUUCUCAUCUCAAACAGAGCAAACAGCCAAGCCAAUCCUUGUUACUGCAGACAUAAUACACAUUGAACAAAGAUUGUUUUACAGCUUUUAGGUGUUGAAUCCAACACAUGUCAUAAGCAAAGGGUUGUUUGCUUGGCUGGAUUUUCUUCGGGUGGGGGGCUUUAAUGGUGUCAUUUUGUUCUGGUUCUUAUUAGGAAAACAGGAUUAGAAACAAAAAGUUUGUGCUGAGCGCAACUUAAAUCAUACUUUUAUUGUAUUUUUGUUUUUCCCUCUUGGACCCUUUGAAAAUUGUAAACAAAUGUAUGAUGACUAGACCGGUUCACAGCCAGGCCAUAAUGCUUUGUCGCAGCUGUUGUGGUGGGUAAGAAUAUGGCGCUCCAUAAAAGUCUGUAAAGAAAGUAAAGAAUAGCUUCUAAAAUGUUAUAUUUUACAUCUUGCACAGAGAAAUUGGUACUGGCACCAGAAAAAGAAAUUCAUCCACUUUGGGUAAAUUUCCUCAUUGUUCAUUCAAUCACCACUUUGAUCACUGGAAAAUUGCUGUCUCAUCUGGUAUCUUAAAUGCCACAUUAUACCGUAAGAACCAUAUCUUCGGGGGGAAUCCAUACUUGAAAGAGAUUCUUGCUUUUUCGUCAUAUUUCAAAAGGCAUAAGCAUUGUAAUGUUCUUCAGUGCACAAAAAUCUACAAUGCAUGCAUCAUCGGUAAUGUUCUGUUUCAUCUUUAUUUCGAUAUUUCUACGGUAAGGAAACUGUCAUUUUGAAAUUGUUUCAAAUAAAUGUAUUUUUGUACAUCAA